UGUCUUGGUUUUGUGGAAAUUCGGGUUCAUUUUAAUCAAGACCAAAAUGUACAAAGAGAAGAAUACUGAAGGAGAAAAUAUGGACACGUCUCAAAGUAACAAGACUGAGGUUCAGUCUCAGAGUGAGCCACUGAUGAAGUCCGAAGGAGAGCAAAAAAAGACUUUGAAUGUCGGAUCAGGAGAUAAGGGGAUCACACAUACCUCCAGCCCUGACAGCCAGGACAGCAGCUACGUUGUGGAGGAGGUUGACCCCGAUGGAAAAUUUGUUCGUAUCAAAAGCAAGGCCGGCAAGAAUCAAGUUAUGCGUAACUUUAAGGUUAACAUAGAGGUCAACGAGACGACCAUCACCUACAAGUUUCCAGGUUUUACGCUUGAGGAUGGACACAUGGUCACAAUCUGGGCUUCAGACGGUGGAGGAGAACACAGUCCUCCAACUGAUGUAGUUUGGGAAGAAAAACCAUCCUGGGGCGCUGCACACAAAGUCACACUAACAAGCCCCAUGGGAGAGGUAUUGGCCACAAAGACAAUCAGCAGCCCAUAAUGCCAAAGUUUCAUGCUGAUGUGGAAGUGUGCUGUUGUUCUUUUGUUCCGUUCAGUUUUUUUGUAACAGUAAACCAUUGUUAUUCUCUAAAAAACAUUCAACUGACACAUUUUGUCUUGGAUUUGUUGUUGAACUUGUAUCUUUUUUAUGUAGACGAUAGAUGAAUUGCUGUCCAGACAACUUUGGGUUUCAAAUGUGACACGAUGUGGAAAUGAAGUACUUAAUUUACUAUAAUAUAAUAUUUACAUUAAUUGAUUUUGGGGAGCUGCUGCUUUUUCGUUGCUAUGUAAUUUUAUUUUAAUCAAUAAUCAACUCAAUGUUUAAUGAGAAGACGAUGUAAACACACUUCUGCUAAAUCAGGACUUUACAUUAACAACCUUUUGAUUUAAAAAUAUUUUUUUUUACUCUUUUUUGAGAACUUUGACCAUACCAUAUUUGUAAUAAACAUUACAUGAAG